AUGAAGGCGGCGCUGCGGAGCCGGCAGGAGCCGCGGCGGGUCAGCAACGGCGUCAUCAUCGCCGCCAUGCUCCUCUCCCUCUGCGUCCUCAGCAUCGUCAAGGCCAGAUACUGCUCCACCCCCUUCGGCAAGCCGGACGACCAGCUCAAGGAGCAGAUGAACUCCAGCAUCCGGAUGGAGACCGACGACGAGCCCACGCCCGCCGCCACCACGGUCGGAGAUUGGUCAGGCUCAGAGGAGGACGCGGAGGAGGAUGUGGAAGAGGACAGCGCCGCGCCGGUGCCCAAGGUCACCACGGAAAGGGCGGAGAAGGUCGUCUCCAUGUCCGGCGCCGGCGCGGGGAGGAAGGAUAAGGAUAAGGGGCACAAGAAGAAGAAGCCGACCUGCUUCAUGACGAGCAAGCGUUCGGAGCGGUGCGAGGCGGCGGGGGACAUUCGGGUGGUCGGGAACGCCUCCACCAUCUACAUCGACUCGUUGGACAGGGAGUGGAGGACCAAGCCGUACGCGCGGUACCACGACCCCGUCGCCAUGACCCACGUCCGGGAGUUCGUCCUCAGGCCCUUCCCCGCCGACGCGCCGCCGCCGGCGUGCACCAAGAACCACUCCGUCCCCGGGUUUGUGUUUUCCAACCGCGGCUUCUCCGGCAACCUGUACCACGACUACACGGACGUGCUGGUGCCGCUGUUCCUCAGCACGCGCAAGUUCAAGGGCGAGGUGCAGUUCCUGCUCAGCGACCUCAAGCCCUGGUGGGUGGCCAAGUUCCGGCCGCUGUUCCGGCAGCUCUCCAAGUACGAGGUGGUGGACGUGAACAACGACCUGGAGGUGCACUGCGUGCCCCGCAUCGUCGUCGGCUCCGACUUCCACAAGGACAUGGGCAUCAUCCCCUCCAAGGCCGCCGGCCGCGUCUCCAUCGUCGACUUCAAGCGCACCCUCCGCGACGCCUUCGGCCUCGAGCGCGCGGCGGCCUCCCGCGGCGGCGCCACGGGCGCCGGCAAGCCGCGCCUCCUCAUCAUCUCCCGCAAGAACUCGCGCCGGUUCCUCAACGAGCGGGAGAUGGCGGCCGCCGCCACCGCCAUGGGCUUCGACGUGCGCAUCGCGGAGCCCGACCAGCACACCGACAUGUCCACCUUCGCGCGGCUCGUCAACUCGGCGGACGUGAUGGUGGGCGUGCACGGCGCCGGGCUGACCAACAUGGUGUUCCUCCCCGCCGGCGCCGUGCUGAUCCAGGUGGUGCCCUUCGGCGGCCUGGAGUGGCUCACCGGCGUGACCUUCAAGAACCCGGCGGCGGACAUGGAGGUGACGUACAUGGACUACAACGUGCAGCUGGAGGAGAGCUCGCUGCUGGAGCAGUACCCGCGGAACCACCAGGUGCUGACGGACCCCUACGCCGUGCACAAGCAGGGCUGGGACGCGCUCAAGGCGGCCUACCUGGACAAGCAGAACGUGCGGCUGGAUCUGGACAAGUUCAGGGCCACGCUCCGGGACGCGCUCAGCCGGCUGCCGCCGGCGUCGACGCCGGCGGCCUGA